AUGGAGUUACUCGAGAGAUUCGAUGCGGAGGAUGGUGACUCAGAUAAAGACAUCCUUGUGGUCCAUGGAUUGUCAUAUAGCGGUGGCAGCCCUUGGGAGGCAACCCCGACCAAACCGGCCUGGCUGAGACAAGAUUUGUUCAAUGAUAGCAACUCCAACAUCAUUGCUUUCAACUACGAAAACUUUUUUGACGGCCAAAAGCCCAUGUGCACUCGUGCUGGACUGGAGUUCGUUGCCUGUCAGCUUUUAGACGAUAUCAUGGUUUGGAAGGCAUCGGAGGGAGAUCGUCCACUUGCCAUUCUAGCCCACGACACGGGUGGUGUGCUUAUUAAGAUGGCCUUCAUCAUUGCUGCUGGCAACCUAAGCAAGUACAGUCCAUUGCUGUCCUCUGUUUCUGUCUUAAUCUUCAUCGGCUGCCCACACAAAACAUCGAGCGCUGAAUCACUUGUUAAUGGGUUUGCGACUUUGAUCUAUAACACUCACAGCAUUCCCAGUAUCGGCCUUUUCCAAGCUGCCAAACUAUGCGCUGAAAUGACCACAGAUGUGAAUCACCUGUUUUUGAACAGCAAUCUACCUUUCAUGGUGCACAUAAUCAGCGUUUUCUCGGAGGCACCGAAUUCUAUUGACCGAACGUUUGAUGAGUUCACUGCUACGCUUGACCUCAGUUGCGAAACUCGCAUCGGAUUACCACACCCUCACGGCACCCUGCUUGGUCACGAACUCGACGAGAGAGCGGAUAAGUUGCUCAAGGGAAAACUUCAGGUUUUAACUACAGCAAGCUUUAGCAGCCAGAGGCUACAAGUCCUGCUCUCAUCUGUGUCUCCGCCACCUACCUUUCAAGCGGGGCUUGAGUACAAGACAUUGGAUAAUUUGGGAUUUGAAGAAGACCUCGAUGAGUGGAUCGAAGGUCGUACAUCAAGCAAUACCCGAUAUAUCUGGGCUCCUACGGAAUCAUUCCCAUCGGGUACGAUUGGCAGUUUCGUUCGAUCGGUGUCGAAAGCAAACCAGCUGUCAGCACCCAAGAUAGAGAUUAGAGCUUUUAUCUACCAGUUUCGAGAGAUUAGAGCACAUACACAGAUUCAAGCGAAAAUCCGCUUGAGCAGUAUGCGGAAUGUGCUCGAGAGCUUCCUAGUCCAGGGUCUUGCGUACAUCUCUCCUCGGAUGGAGCAGGACAUGGGUGUGGCGAGCUUACUUUCGUUGUUUGAAUCAACCUACUCGCCUGCGAAGCCAUUGGGUGAAGACUCGCUUACAGUUCUCUUCGUCGUUCUGCACAAUUGUCUUCGGCGCAACGGCAUUCGUCCAAUUUGGUGUGUUUGGAACCUAGAACACUGUGGCGGCGAUACGGAGGUGACCAGGUUAGUGAGCAACUUCAAAGAGCUUUUUCGGUUGACCGCGCUCAAGCCUGCGGUACUAUUUUCCUGGUUGGGACAAUCAACCUCUGAUUUUGAGGGAAUUAUGCAAGAUGCCGGCAUUCAUCCUUUUCAAUUAGGGUCUUGUUAUCAACGCUCUCAAGAUCAUAGCAGUCAGAUCUCUUCAGAAUCCUUAGCUUCACACGGCAGCCACGCGUGCGUCGGUACGUUGCCAGAAUUGAUCGAGGCUGCCUUGUGCAACACCAAAGACGACGAUCUUCGCCAGAGUUUCAUGCAAUUCGCCAUUAGGACAGCACAAACAAGCGUAUCAGGCGUUCAGUAUUACCGAAGAGUCCACGAGGCCAUCGACGACAAUGGGAAGCUUGAUCCACACGCCCUGCAGACUGCAAUAGCGGGUUUUCUUACAAGAGAUGAGGAUGUUUUUACGAAUACCGCCCUUCUCUGGGUCCAAUUCGGUUGCCGACCUCUUUCUCCGACUGAGCUUGUCACUGUUUUAGCUCUGGAACGGAGCCUAGCCAAAUCACAUGGAACCGAAUUCAUCUCAGGUCAAUGCCGUCUUGGAAAAGGUAUAGAAGACACCUCAUCCGCUAGCUUUUACCCCAUCCAGAACCAUCUUUCAGGCCUUAUACAAGUAGUUGAUGGCGAGUGUCGGCUCACUUACGACAUUACUGGCGAACCGAACGACACUGGCCCCUGGCAUUCCCAUAAUGCCAAAUCAAACUUAUGGAUACUGCGCUGUCUGCUCCGGCAUUUGGGUAUCGAGGCAGAGCAAAAAGGCCUUGACAGUCAAAGUUCACAAUCCGAGUUCAUCCGACGUUCACCAUCCCACCACGACUUGACGACGUAUGCCGCCAAAUUUUGGUCACAUCACUACAGAGUUGCUCAAUCUCACACAUCGACAAAACUAGAAGCCGAAGCCAUGGUAGCCAGAUUCCUGAAGGUCAACCACGCCGCGACUUUCCUUAUGCUCCGACAUGUUCAACAUGCUGUCGUAGAAUCUCCCAGGAGGGCGGUUUCUGAAGAUACCACAGCUACUGCGGUGGCUCUUCUCGUAUGUCAUGGUUUCCAUGACAUCGAGGAGAUCGGCAUGCUUGCCAGCUGUCCCGGAUGGGAACGUAGCCCCAAGACUGUGUUCCCUGCGCUUUUGGAGGCAGUCAGGGGCGGCCACAUGACACUUCUUCCGAAGCUCCCUGUUUCUGUCCUCGGAGACAAGGAAGCAAGAAAGGUCUUUUCAGCAGUUGAACCAGGUAAUCUCACACACGACUGCAUCCAUGAUCUUUUCCGACAAGCGCAGUCUCGGCAGAAUUUCCAACCCCCGUUCGAAUUGUUUUUCUGCGCGGCAUUCGCUGGCAUUCAAGUAUGCCCCAAAAGCAUCGAAGAUUGUAAUAUUGACAGCUCCACGUGGCUCACAUGGCUAUUGAAGGCCAUUGCUUUCCCGAGAUCGGAUGCCACAAAGAUGAUCUCACGGCUUGCAGAACCUCACCUCAGUGAAGACCAAAAGGCUGACAUCUUGCUCGCUGCAAGCCUCGUAUGCGAUUGUAAGGACGUCUUUGCGCUUAUGAGCUGGCUCAGAUUAGGCAUCUCGUCCCGAUCUCUGCGAGCGCUUAUUUACUCGGGCAAUCAUACUGCUUUGGAGAAGCUGCUGGCGAGCCAGUCUCAGAACGAGUAUUUCUCCAGUGUAGGACUCAAGGAGAGUCUCUACAUGGCCGUGGAUCACUCUUCACUGGAAAUUGUGAGAGUACUCCUCGGCCAUGUUGAUGUUGUCCAAGACAAGGAAAUCCUUAUGGAUUGCUUGAGUCGUGCUAUACAGAAAUCAGCAUCCAAGGAAGUCUGUCUCUUGCUUCUAGACACGGGAGUCGAGACUGAUUACGGGCGUCAAGAGCAGUACUUGAGUGACGCCGUGAAGCAGGAUAACACGGAGCUGGCACAAGUGUUCUUGGAUUGCGGGGUCGGCAUAAACGCUCAAGAAUUCUCAGGCGAACCGCCUCUUUACGUGGCCGCGAAAGAGGGCACGCUAUCCAUGGUGGAGUUCCUCGUGGAACGGGGCGCCGACGUCAACAUUCGAACUGAUGUCAAGGGGCUGACGCCGCUGUACGGAGCGACACUUCAAUCGAGACCAGAAGUCGUCGAAUAUCUCCUGAGCAAGGGAGCCGACGUGACUAUUCCUUCAAAGGCGCGAAACUGGUCUCCUUUGGAGGGGGCAUAUGACUAUCCGGCCGUCAUGGCACAUUUGGUCACCAAGGCGUGGCCACCGCCCGACUAUCACCGAGUGGCAGAGUUCGGAGACACCCAAUGCACAGCGCUUUUCCUCGCAGCGACGUACGGCAAGACGGAAAGUGUCAGGUUGUUGUUGAAGCAUGGCGACCCGGACAUCGAGUUCACGCCAUCCUCGGAUAUUGAAAAAGAAAAGGCGGAUACGAGGGGGUAUACUGCUCUAGCUGUUGCCAGUCUAUACUCGCACGUGGAAAUUGUGAGGCUGUUACUAGAGCACGGGGCCAACGUCAACCAUCGGAUCCCGGGCACCAGUCUGACACCGCUCCAUCUCGCACACAGCGGCGAUACACUCGCGGUAUUGCUGGAAUACGGAGCCGACAAGGAGGCCAAAGACGACAAUGGCUACACGCCUCUCUUUUACGCCGUGACGAAGCAAGAUUCGAGUCUCACCCGGCGUUUGGUGAACGCUGGCGCCAAUUUUAAAGCCACCGAUAACUGGGGUCAUACCGCUCUGCUAAACGCUCUGAUCCACGGCGAGCCGCAGAGCCGUGAAGAGAAUUGCAGAUACCUCAUUUCCAAAGGUGCUCCGAUCAACGCAAAGGGCCCAGAUAGGUACGGUUCCACCGUGCACAGGUGUUGCAGGUUCGGUGAAGUGGAAGAAGUAGAAUUGAUCUUGGAGCUGGGCGGUGAUGCGGGUCUCUGGUAUGGGAUGCAGGGCACCCUUCUCGAGGCGGCAUGCAAUAAUGUCAACAAGAAUGACUUGGCAGUACUGAGGUACCUAGUCGAGCAAAAGGGGAUCGACAUCAACGGCCCAGGAAGCUACCUCCGCAGUGCCAUGGGAGAGGCGUUCCGGUCUGGCGACGAAUCGCUCGUACGGUACCUGCUCGAAAAGGGUGGGAGUUUCGACACCCUAGACGGCAACGGACAGCCGGCGUGGUUCAAUAUCUGUGCCAGAAAGGACGACGCCCUCGAGAUGUUUGACAUGCUACUAGACGACUACGGAGCGGACGACUUCUUGGCCUCGUUAGGGGACAAGGACAGAAUGUCACGGGGUAUCCUGCACUGCGCAGCACACUCGGGGCAUCUGGGACUUGUUGAGAGACUUGUCGACCUGGAUCCAAAUCUAAUUGACAGCCGUGACGUCGACGGGUGGCCGGCUCUUCACUGGGCAGCGCCAAUGGCCUCCAUCGAAGAUCUUGGAGACGAAGAUGUCCCGCGGAAAUGGGCAGAGAAGGCUGAAAUCAUCAAGUUCCUAGCUCGGAAGAAAUGUCCUGGUCUGGCAGAACGUGUGCCCGGUGGCAACGAACGUACGUGGGGCGUACUGGAAAUUGCGCAACACCACGGCGCGCCUGAAAUUAUCGUCGCUGCGUUUAGGGACGUGACGGAGGGAAAACAAGUUCAAGUCGAAUCCAUCAAAGCGUUGUCCAAGCGCGCUGGAAGAUGGAUUUGCGAUGGUUGCAAUACUCUGAUUUGGGGUGCUUUCCUCAUUUGCGAUGACAAUGAUUGUUAUAAAAACUUUGGGCUUUGCUUCAAGUGCGCGCCUCACAAGGAUAAGCUUCAUGACCCAAAGCACAUCUUCGUCAUUGACGAACGAGGGGUCCCAGAAUGCCAAACUCUGGUUUGA